ACAGUUCCCGUUGGGCUCAUGUCGCGAUAGUGGUGUAAACCAAUUUUUUUACGCUAACGUGCCAAUUUAUCUGCCAUUUGUGAUUUCAGGGAACGGGGACGCUUGCUGUAAAUAUAAGAACGCUUUAUCUCGCACAUUAUCUCCUUCUGGUGGUUGCUCGAACCGGACUUAUUUGAAAAAGCGACCUAGCUAACGAGAGCGUUAGCAAACCAGCGUCAGGGAUGGCGGAGGUUCCAGGGACUUCAAGUGAGACUAUAACGGAGACCGUUUCAACCAACACGCCGCCACCACCCCAACAGGAGGGACGGAGCCUUACCAUCAAGCUGAGGAAGAGAAAGACUGAGAAAAAAGUGGAGUGGUCUAGUGACACGGUUGACAAUGAGCACCUUGGAAGGCGAUCUUCAAAAUGUUGCUGUGUGUAUGAGAAGCCCAGACAGUUUGGAGAGUCCUCCUCUGAAAGCGAGGGAGACGAUGAUGACGAAGGUUGCGGGAGCGCACACUGUAUCCUGGGGCAUGGCAGAGGACAUGGACAGAGGGGAGGUGGUGGGUCGACAGUGCCUCCUAACUCUGGAGGAUCAAAAACCCACGAAUGAUUUUGGCUAGCAUGUUUUUGGGAUGAGGGAUUUGUGACCAUAAUAACACAUUGCAAAACCACACUCACUUCUGUUAAGUUCCACCUUUUGGUUAUUGUGAGAUAAGUGUAAAGGAAAAGCUAUGGAAAACCAGAGAGUAGAAAGGCAAAGAAAAAGACACCAUUUGGCAAAGCAUUGGUCCCUCUUAACAAAAUGGCAGUUUAUGUGUAGAGUGCAACACUUAAGCUUUUUUGAAUACCUUAUUUAUUUGUUUAUCUUAAUGAUUUAGUACUUAAUACUUGACAUGCAGUUGAACAUACUGUGCUUUGUAACGAUGUUAUUUCAAAAUUGGAGCAUGAGGAUUUUACCAGAGUGGCUUCGUAUCAGUUAAGAUUUGAGCCUACCUGGUGUUGAUCUCCAUAUGAAGAAAAAUCUCUUUCCUGUUCUCAGUAUGAUGGGGGAACACUUUUAAAAUGACCCAAAGCUGGGCAUCUGGGUAGCGUGGCGGUCUAUUCCGUUGCCUACCAAGUCAAGUCAAUUUUACUUGUAUAGUCCAAUAUCAAAAAUUAAAAAUUUGCCUCAAGGGGCUUAACAAACACAGAGAUCGCCGGUUCAAAUCCCCGUGUUACCUCCGGCUUGGUCGGGUAUCCCUGCAGACACAAUUGGCCGUGUCUGAGGGUGGGAAGUCGGAUGUGGGUUUGUGUCCUGAUCGCUGCACUAGCGCCUCCUCUGGUCAGUCAUGGCGCCUGUUCAGGGAGGAGGGGGAACUGGGGGGAAUAGCGUGAUCCUCCCAUGUGUUACGUCCCCCUGGUGAAACUCCUCACUGUCAGGUGAAAAGAAGCGGCUGGUGACUCCACAUGUAUGGGAGGAGACAUGUGGUAGGUAGUCUGCAGCCCUCCCGGCUCAGCAGAGGGGGUGGAGCAGAGACCGGGACGGCUCGGAAGAGUGGGGUCAAGUACAAUCGGGGGGAAAUAAAGUAAAUAAAUAAAAUGACCCAAUGCCAAUUGCAAGUCUGAUGCCAAUCAUUAUCAAGGCAGUUUGCACCAUUAGUAUGAGCUAAUUGGUGCUGUACCCUCGCAGGGUACCGAUGGAAACUAUCAAAUCUGCUGUGGCGACCCCUAGGAAACAGGGAACAAGCUGAAAGAAGAAGAGUAUAACCUCUUAGCUAAAAUAUAAUGGGAAAGUAAAAUAGCGCUGGUACCAAUCAAUCAGGUUCAAAACAAAAAAAAUCUUUGUUGAAAUCUUCUGGCAUUGUUGAAUUUGGACGGACUUGAUCCUAAGUAAUCCCAAGAUUAGUACAAGUGAUUGCUCUGCCCUGCCUAGCGCCUCUAAAAUUAAAUGGAGUAUUCCUCACCAUCUGUGGAAUAUUCAAAAUAUAAAAAUUUACACAAGGACUUCUGAAACUGUACAUUGAGGCCUAUUUCAUUUGCAUUCGGUUUGAUAGGAAUCAUUCAUGGGUGCAGCGGUGAUAUCUGCCGCAUCUUCCACUAGUUUUUGAUUGUGUAAUGAAUGUGUACGUUUUUCUUUUUAAUGAAAACUCAUAUCCUAAAUGGAUAACUGCAGAGGGGUAUGAAUAUAGAUAUCUCUUAGGGAAUUUAUGGCCAUCGUAUAUAAUUUAGUCUCUAUCCCAGGAACUAAAUCGUAAUGCUGGAAAGCAGACGAACGUUUGUCUCAAUUUUUCUGCUUCUGUUGGCAGGGACGGAGAACCAUAGAAAACUAGGAUGUUGAAGUAUGAGAGGCAAAGGCAGAAGAAAGGAAUUGUCAAGGCUGACGGGAGAAUUAUAAGUCAGUUCAUAUGAAAAUGUUCAUCUUUGUUAGUGCACUCAAGUCAAUUCACUCUUUACUAUAAAGCACCUGAACAUUACUUUUAAAGUAAGCUGCAUCUUGAUCAAAAACAGCUGUAAAUUUAGACUGCAGGCUUUCCAUCCUACUGGAGGUCUGUGAAUAUUAAUGCUUUGAACCACUUUGUUAUGCAAGGCUGAUGUGUUUCUAUUAGGGUGAGAUAAGUGAAGUACACACCUUGCAAUGAUAUAUAUAUAAUGAGGCAACAAUAUGGACACGGUGUAUAAAUACUGGCCCAGGCUUUGUAUUCUAGUGUAUGGCACAGUCUGAUCAGAUCUCCCAGUCUACAUCAUCUUUAGUGGUUCCCAACAGCACUGCUUGUGUUAGAUAUGUGACAGUACUGUGAAUUACAGUGUUCAUGCACAUGCCACAGUUUUCUAAUGCGUCAGUACACUUGUAUUUACAUUGUUACAUAUGUACAUGGGUCUUGAAGUUGUCAUGCAUUCUGUAUAUACUAUAAAGCAUCUGAGAGCAGAUUUACGUAUGUGAAUAAAAUUUUGAAUC